AUGGCGCUUGAGCCGCUCCAGCAGCGCAGCGUCGUUGAUGUCGGCGUCCAGCACCAGCACGCCGCGGGACGCCAGCAGGCGACGAUGGCGGGCGGCCGGGGACUGAACCGGUCUUCAUCGAGGGGGCAGCUGCCGCCCCAAGAGCUGCUUGACGAUCUCUGCAGCCGGUUCAUUCUGAAUGUGCCCAAGGAGGAGCUGGAGUCGUUCGAGCGGAUCCUGUUCCUGCUGGAGCAGGCGCACUGGUUCUACGAGGACAACUCCGUCGAGCACAACCCCAACCUCAAGUCCCUCUCCUUCAAGGACUUCACCUCCCUCAUGUUCAAGAGCUGCACUGCUCUCAGGCCCUACAUCGCGCACCUGGAUGAUAUCUACAAGGACUUCAACAACUACAAGUUCCGUGUCCCCGUGUCCGGCGCCAUCAUCCUAGAUGACACUUAUGAGAGGUGCUUGCUUGUUAAGGGAUGGAAGGCUGGGGCCAGCUGGAGCUUUCCUCGUGGAAAGAGGAAUAAAGAUGAGGAAGAUCACACAUGUGCCGUUAGAGAAGUUCUAGAGGAAACUGGGUGUGAUGUUUCUACAUUUUUAUAUUUGGAUGAUUACAUUGAAGUUUCAAUUGGACAACAAAGGGUUCGGCUCUACAUCAUAACAGGGGUUAAAAGAGAUACUGUGUUUGCACCUCAAACCAAGAAGGAAAUCAGUGAAAUCUCAUGGCACAGAAUUGAUGAACUCUUACCAGCUAGUGAUGACGCAGUAUCUCGGGCAGUGAAUGGAAUGAAGCUGUACAUGGUUGCUCCAUUUUUGACGGGUCUUAAGGCUUGGAUUGCCACGCAUCCUCCACCACUGCAUCAGAAACCAGAGACAUCUGCUAGAGGUACUGUGUGGAAGGCGAAGAAUUCGUCAAGUGGCAGUACCCCAGUGGAGAACCCUGUUGCUAAAGCAGUAUCUGACGUGCAGGCGCAUCAUGUUGACAACCGCCCCGGUCGCAGCUUCAGAAACUUCAGGUUUGACACGGCAAGCAUCCUGCAGUCCAUGGAGGCUUCCUUACGACGCACCUAG